CUGCCUUCCUCUCCCCUCCCCCUUUGUACAGUUCACUGAAAUGUAUUCUGGGAAGCUGAAAUAGACACAUAGAGAGGCUGCAAAUAUGGCUGCACCAUGAAAAAACAAACAAAAUACAAUUGCAAUCCAGAGAAAGAGGGGCUGUUAAAUCAGCCUUCUAGGGGCUGAUCACUUCACCAGUGGGCUCUCCAGGAGAAGAGACCCACUAAAAGAUCUUGUUUUGUAUUUGAUUUAUAUUGUUUGGUGGAUCAGGGAAGAGAGGGGAGAGCAAAGAAAGGAAGCAGAGACCAGAAGGGCGAAAUAUAAAAAGAACAAAAAUUAAAUCCCCAGUACAACAAAGAGUUUAAUGGAUAGAAAUUAUCCAGCCGCUGGCUUUGGUGAUCCUUUGGGUGCUGGUUCAGGAUGGAGCUACGAAAGAACGGCAAAAGCGAGUUUGGUUUAUGGAAGCUCAAGAGGCUCCCACCCAGAAACAGAUAUUUUGCACAGACAGGCGUAUGCAACACCACACCCUUUACAGGGCUACGCUACCAACCACCAUCCAGCAGGAUUGUCAGGGCUGUUUGAGACUGGUCUCCAUCAUGCCAGCAGUGCAACCCCGGAUGCAUCGGUUAUGAAUCUUAUCUCUGCCCUGGAAUCAAGAGCCCCUCAACCAGGUCCCUCAGCCUCUUCCUUGCUCUCUCAGUUUCGCACACCCUCAUGGCAGACAGCCAUGCACACACCUGCCCCAGCAGAGCUAUUUAUAUCUGGAGCUAUUCCAGGAUCCGGUACUUUUCCAUCAUCUUCUGCCCUUUCUGCUUAUCAACAUCCGGCAUCUUUUAGCAGUAGAAGCUUCCCUGUAACAUCUUCCUUAACACUUCAAGAUGCCACCUUUAGCCCCACUUCAAAUGGACUCCUUUCUCCUCAUGAUCCUCUCCUCCACAUAAAAACUUCACAGUCCUCAGUACCCUCUUCCUUGAGUUUUGACCGUCUUGGUAGCACAGUUUUAGGGACUGGGUUAUCAUCUCAGAGCUCAGCUUACCGUAGUGCUCAAGAAUCAGCAUCACGUCACCUUCCUUCUCAGUUCAACCUGCUCUCCUCCUCCCUCGGUCCUUCAGAACAAACAUCGCAAUUAUACAAUGCCUCUGUGUUUUCAAGUUCUCCUUCUUCAAUCGAGAGGGCAAUGCCCAGACAAGACAGCGUCAUUAAGCACUACCAGCGGCCCUCUAGUGCUCAGUCCCAGCUUCCCUCAGCUGCCGCAGCUGCACAUUCACUGCAGCACUAUUUAAGUUGUGGAGGCAGUUACCAGCAAAUGCAGCAUCGUUCUUCUUUGUCUUGCAGCCCAUUAGGGGACCAGUCACCUGUUAGCAGUGAAGGGUCACAGCAGAAAAAUUCACAAUCCCGCCAAGAACAGUCUCAGAGCUACAGACCAAUAAUUCAAUCCCCUGGAUACUCCACCUCUUCAUCUUCCAACAAGUCUAAAAGUUACUCUGCUUCUAGGCAGACUCCCCGUUCCACCGCCACUCCAAAGUGCCAAAGCAUUUCUACCACUGGACAGACACACAAUUACUCCUCCUCCACUCCAAAGCCCAGUUCUGUUAUUGCUAGCCAGUCUCAGGCCUACUCCCCUGGACAGCCCCAAAAUCUUCUUUCUAUGACACAGUCACAAAGCUAUUCAGUUACUCAAUCCCAGAACCUUUCUGCUGUAACUCAGUCACAAGGAUUUACUUCAAGCCAAGCCCAAGAUCUAACUAGUGGGAGCAAGUCUCAAAGCUAUACAACAAGCCAGUCACAAGGUUUGCAGACAUGUGUGAGCCAAAAUCAAACAUACUCUCCAGAGCAAUUGCAGGGGUUAUCAAGUUAUAGUGUGCAAACAGAGCCUCAUGUCAGUCAAGCUCAGAAUUAUGUUCCUGCUCAUUCCCAGGGUUUACCAACUGCUAGCCCAUCUCUCAGUUACAGUACUGGUCAUUCUCCUGCAAUGUCCAGUCAUGGCCAGUCUAUUGGUUAUUCUUCAGUCAGCCAUGCUCAAAAUUUAGCAGAUUCUAGUCCUUCUCAGAUAAUUAGGCCAUUACAAUCACCAACAUCAAAUCGGUCUCAAAGUGUAGCUUCCCCUGGACAGUCUCAAAAGUACUUGACUUCAGUGCUUUCACCUUCUUUCAUGCAGGCGUCUCAUUCACAAAGUUAUCAGAAUUCCCAGCCCAGCCUAGAAAGAACAUCUUCCUACAGCAAACCAAAAUCAGAUUCAGACCUUCUGUCUACAGAAAGGACGGAUGAUGAAGACUUCCUCAUUCAACACCUACUUCAGUCUCAGAGUCCCCCACGAGUCUCCUCAGAGAGUUUAGUGGAGUGUGAAGAAAGAUCAAAUAAAUCAAUGGGCUAUGAGAUGAGUAAAACAGAGGAGAGGUAUCACUUACAAAGUGUUAUAAGGACUAAUUCAAACCUUGACAACCAAGGGUUGGAGUUGUCUUUACAGGGCUUAAAGGAUAAGAAAAAAGGAGACCGGCAUAAGGAAUAUUCUAAUACAAGGUCAACUCCAGAAUCCCUGGGUACUUCUGUUGUCCAUUACAGUCAUCAGACUGGCCCAAUGGAUUCCUUUACUCAGGACAUUAAAAAAUCAGUGGAUCAUCUUCCACACAUGGACACCUCAAAUAAAGACUUGAAUCAGGCUCAUUCUUAUCUUCAAAAGACCCCUGAGCAUGCAUCACAGGCCCAUAGAAUGGUAGCUGAGAGCCAGUCUAUGGAGACUCAUAGUAUGCUUCAGAGCCAGCAAGGCACUCCAAUGAUGAUGGAUACCUCUCCUGAUCUGCCACUAUCACUUACCCACCAGUCUACCACUCAGCAGUCACAACUCCUGCAGUCUGUUCUUACCCAUACCCAGAGUCAGCUUCAGGCACACCAGAGAAAGGUACAAACACCUAUGGAUAUGCACCUUAUGGAGUCGCAGAGGAUUCAAGCUGAAGCACAAUCUCCUCAGUUACAAAUGCAGCUGCAGUCACAGGCUUUAGAGGCCCACUUGCAGUCACAACAAAUGCAAGCUCAUGUCCGCUCUCAGUCUAUGGAGGUACACUCUCGUUCUCAGUCAAUAGAGGCACAGCUAAUGGACUCUCAUCAGAUUCAAAAUGACCAGCAGUCCCCUCAGCUUCAGGCACAACUGCAGUCAGAACGAAUGCAAGCAGAAAUGCAGCCUGAGAGGAUGCAAGCAGCUCUUCAGUCUGAGGCCAUGGAGGGCCUUCCUCAAAAUGAUGGCAUGCAAGCUUUAUCAAGACCACAAGAAAUUCAAGACUUCCUGGAGCCUGACUUAAACUUAGAAACUCACUUAGGCCAGACUGGUUCAGUACAAAAUCAACCACAUCUUUUACCUGAUGGAGGAGAAGGUCUGAGAUUGGAUGCUGAAACAUCCCAGCAAGUACCUCAAACUCAGAUGGAGCCCAAGGAUCAGUUUGAUAGCCCAAGCCCUCAAGGAUCAAAACAACGCUUUGUUCCUUUGACUUCUAUCUGUUUUCCAGAUUCUCUUCUGCAAGAUGAAGAGAGAAGCUUUUUUCCUGGGAUGGAAGAUAUGUUCUGCCCACCCCCAUGUGGAAAUGAUGAGUUUCCUAAAACAGGUUGUGGAGAUGAUGGCUCCCAAAGCAUGGACAGAAAUGAGGCAAUGAAAAACAGCUAUGAAAUGAUGCAGACUAGCCAAAGCUAUUCAGGUUACUGCACUUCUGAAAGUAAUGACAAUCAACAGAAUGUUCACUUGGGUUUGGAUUCUGUAUCUGUAAAACAUGAACUGCCAUCCACUGUUAACACAGAACAGUUAGGGUUGAUUCAAUCAGGUCAUAGUCAGCAGUCAUCAGAGGUGAAACCUGGAUUGACCUCUCCGAUUUUCUGCUCUUCCAAACCUAAGAAACUUCUUAAAACAUCUUCAUUUCACCUGCUAAAGAAGCGGGAACCUUCUUUUCAGCCACCUAAGAAGAACUAUGCUCAGGAGUAUGAAUUUGAAGAUGAUGAAGACAAAGAAGAUGUCCCUGCAGAUAUCAGAUUAAAUAGCCGUAGACUUCCUGACCUGCUCCCAGAUUUAAUAUCUAGUUGCCGUUCACGUCCAAAUAUAAGCCCUAUGGGGGAUAUUGACUUUUGUCCACCUAAUAAUAUGGAUGGCCCUAAGCGAAGAGGAAGAAAACCUACUAAGCCCAAAAGGGAGGGUCCCCCAAGGCCUAGGGGGAGGCCACGUAUCAGACCCUUAGUAGAACCCCAUGUGAUGGUACAUGAUGGUAUUAAAAAACCACGAGGAAGAGGGAGAGGAAGAGGCAGAAGGAUGUUAGAUGAAGGAAGGGAAAGUAUGCCAAUGGAGCCACUGAAACCAAUAAAGAUUAAACUUCAGGUGCCAAAACCGAAUGAUACUUUGCAAAUGGAUCAGUCUGAAAUGCUCCCUCCUGCUCAGGAAAAUGCAUUGGACAACAGCCAGACACGGGAGAAGAUCAAGCAAAAGAUCAAGGAGGUAGAGGAAAAACAGCCAGAAAUAAAAUCAGGCUUUAUGGCCUCUUUUCUGGACUUUCUAAAGUCUGGCAAGAGACAACAGCUUCCCACUGCAAACACCAGUCCUACUAAGACUAGGCCUCCAUCUACCCCACAGGCUUCUCAGGGUUCUUAUGGCAUGACCUCGCAAAUGCUUUCUGGACCACUGGAUUCUACAGAGAGUGACAGUCUAGUGAUGAGCUGCACCAGCCCCUGCAAGCGACUAGAUGAUGAACUGAAGCGUAACUUGGAGACUCUGCCAUCCUUUUCUUCAGAUGAGGAAGACUCGGUGAGCAAAAACCAGGAUCUGCAAAAGAGUAUUUCUUCAGCUAUCUCUGCACUCUAUGAUCCCACAGACCGCAAGGAAACAGAAAGCACAGCUCCAGCAGUAGUAGAGGAAAAAGUUUCCAGCCCAGUGCCAUCUGAACCGUCCUCUCAGCAGGAACCACCUGCUCCAGUCUCACCACCAUCUCCUCAGGAGGCUGCUGCGCCGCCACCUCCGCCGCCACCACCGGAAGAACCCCCUGCCCAGCCCUCCCCUGAGCAAGAGGAACCAGAAGACACAAGACCCCUUCACCUUGCUAAGAAACAGGAGACUGCAGCCAUCUGCGGGGAAACUGAUGAGGAGGACGUAGAAAGCGACGGCGAAGGAAUCUUUAGAGAGAGAGACGAGUUUGUCAUCAGAGUGGAAGAUAUCCAGGCUUUAAAGCUUGCUCUGCAAACAGGACGUGAACCACCCCCCAUCUGGAGAGUUCAAAAAGCAUUGCUGCAGAAAUUCACCCCUGAGAUCAAGGAUGGACAGCGUCAAUUCUGUGCUACCAGCAAUUAUUUGGGCUAUUUUGGGGAUGCCAAGAACAGGUACCAGCGACUGUAUGUGAAGUUCCUUGAGAAUAUCAACAAAAAGGACUAUGUGAGGGUGUGUUCUAGGAAACCGUGGCAUCGCCCCCUUCAAACCAUGAGGAGGCAAAGUCAGACAAAACCCCCUGGAGGUAAAAGUCCUGUGGCAGUAGCAAAGCCAGAAAAAAAUGAGAAGCUGGAACGUUCUUUGAAGCUGGAGACGUUGGGUAGAUCUGAGAAAACCGAACAAGUAGAGAAAAUGGAAAAGGCCGACAGAAUGGAGAGGCAGGACAAGACAGAGGCAUCAGAGACUAUUGAGAAAGCCGAGUUUAAUCAGAAAAUAGAGAACAGAAUUGCAGAGAAGUCUGAAGAGGAGCAUGAACAACAAGGACAAGUAUCUAAUCCAGUAAAGGAUGAGUCUGCCCUACUAGAAACCGAAAAGACAGAGACGGUUAAAACAACUGAAAAAACAGAGAUACCUGUAAAGCUUGAAAAGAAUGAGAAUUUGCAGGUAAACGAGAAGGAAGAACAAACUGGGAAGACCGAAACUACUCAGCCAGUGAAAAAAGAAAAGAUAGUGCAUCCAGCAAAGCCAGAAAAAACGGAGCCACUCGUAAAAACUGAUAAUGUAGAGCCGACUAUAAAUCCUGAAAAGGUUGAGACAGUUGCCAAGUCAGAGAAGUCUGAACCUGUAAAAAAGUCAGAGAAGAGUGAGACUUUUGUAAAAUCAGAGAAGAAGGCUUCAGUUGGAAGGCAAGAGAAGUCUGAACCAAACGUAAGGCAAGAGAAGCUCGAGGUAAUGGGCAAGGUAGAAAAGACUGACUGCGUAGGAAAGUCUCUUCCAGUAGAAAAUCAAGAGAAAGAUGAGACAAGAGAGUCAGCAGAGAAGAUUGAGCCAGUUUUAAAGACUGAAAAACACCGGAAACGAGUACAAGUCGAAUCAGCUAGAAAAUCAGAAUCAGCUAGAAAAUCAGAAUCAGCUAGAAAAUCAGAAUCAGCUAGAAAAUCAGAAUCAACUAGAAAAUCAGAAUCAACUAGAAAAUCAGAAAAGCCCGAACCAACAGAGAAACCAGCUGGGACUGAGCUGGUAAAGAGGCCUGAAAAGGAGGAGCUUAAAGAUAUGGGAGCAAGGACAGAUAAGACAGAGAAAAGAAUGAGAACAGAUAAGGCAGAGGUGGGCAUAAAAGCAGACCAGGCAGAGGUGGGCAUAAAAGCAGACCAGGCAGAGGUGGGCGUAAAAGCAGACCAGGCAGAGGUGGGCGUAAAAGCAGACCAGGCAGAGGUGGGCGUAAAAGCAGACCAGGCAGAGGUGGGCGAAAAAGCAGACCAGGCAGAGGUGGGCGUAAAAGCAGACCAGGCAGAGGUGGGCGUAAAAGCAGACCAGGCAGAGGUGGGCGUAAAAGCAGACCAGGCAGAGGUGGGCGUAAAAGCAGACCAGGCAGAGGUGGGCGUAAAAGCAGACCAGGCAGAGGUGGGCGUAAAAGCAGACCAGGCAGAGGUGGGCGUAAAAGCAGACAAGGCAGAGGUGGGCGUAAAAGCAGACAAGGCAGAGAAAUCUGAAAAAACUACCAAGAUGGAUCGGUUAGAUAAAGCCGCAAAGGUGGACUGCAUGGACAAAGGAGGAAAGCUUGUGGAAUGUCCAGAAAGACCCAAGUCAGAAAGAACAGAAAAAAACAACAAGGUGGACAAAUCAGAAAAAACAAGCAGGGCAGAGAGAGCAGAAAAAUCUACCAGGGCAGAGCGGUCAUCUAAAAAAGACAGAGCAGACAGGCCAUCAAGAAUGGAGAAACCUGAAAGGCCUGAAAAAAUGCCUAAGUUAGAAAAGGUGGAAAAGUCACCAAAACUUGAAAAGGUAUCAAAGAAUGAUAAAAUUGAAAAACCUGAGAAGAUAACAAGGGCAGAGAGAACAGAAAGGAAUGUUAAAGUAGAAAAGGUAGAGCUGUCACCAAAAGUUGCACUGAAACCCAAACAAAAACAGUCAAAAGUGAAAGCGGAACCACCACCCAAGAAGAGAAAAAAAUGGCUGAAGGAAGUGCCAUCCUCUUCUGAUUCUGACUCUUCUCCUGACCAGCAGAGUGAGGAAGAACGCGUUCCUGUGGGUCGUGUAUUAAAUACAAGAGCCAUGAAAGAAAUGUACAGGAGUUACAUAGAGAUGUUAGUGAGCACAGCGCUGGAUCCAGAUAUGAUACAAGCAUUGGAGGACACUAGUGAUGAACUUUACCUUCCACCUAUGAGAAAACUUGACAGCAUUUUAAACGACCACAAGAAGAAAGUGCUGAAAAAGGUCUCUCUGAGCUCAUCUAUACAGGAGACGCUCCAUACGUUCCCACAACUUCAAAAAGACACGUCGGGCUCUGCUGUCAAAAUGAGGCCUGGAGGAGAACCCUAUAACCGAAAAACACUUAACAAGUUAAAAAAGAAUGUAUCUAAACCACAGGAAUUUAAGGUGGAUUCUGAAAAGUCACUUUUUUACUCUCUGUACCAUUCCUUGCAUCACUACAAGUUUCACACCUUCCUCCGCUGCAAGCAAGAGACCAACUCGAUUGAGGAGCAGAAUGAUGACUUAGGGCAGGAAGAAGUUGUUCAGCAGUGCAUGAGGAACCAGCCAUGGCUUGAAAAACUCUUCGACUCCUUUAUUGACCUACUCACGCAAGCACAGAAUAAGUGUGCGUGAUCUAAUGGAGAACAUUUGUGAAAAACAACACAUACAAAGAAACAAACAGGAAUUCUAGUCCUAAAAAUAAAUGACUCUAAAGAUGAGAGCGAGACAUGCCACGCUGAAAAUACCAAGGAUUUUAUCCCAGACUUACCCUAUUGCUAUGGCAAGUAGCUGAGGCAAUGAGCUAUGAGGGGAAGGUAUCAUAUAAGUCUUGCAGUCUUCAACUUGGCUAUAUAGGCCAACCUUGGGCCUUUGGAUCAUGAAGCUCUUUGGAUCAAGGUGGUUCUGUCUUUCUCUUGACUUGUCUUCUUCCUUUGUUCUGUACCCUUCUCUCCAUCAGGUGGAGGUCUAGCUGUCUAUUGUUACUAUUUUCAUUCUUCGCUCCACAUGCCAUCCCGUGAUGCCGUAUGGAAGAUUUUUGGCUCCGUCUUCUGCUCAGAUCCGCUUCCACUGACUGACAAAGUCUGACAGGAGCAGGCAGAGUGACUUUUUUGCCCCUCAUUAUUUAUUGGGAAGCGUGUGUGUAUGUGUUGUGUGUAUGGAAGAGCCAGAAUUCUGGUUGAUUGGGGUGGCGGACAUUGCGAUUUUGGAUUAACAAAUCUUUUUAAUAUUUUUUGGCAUGUAAAUAAACAAAUAAGCUGCUCAAAUUUCACUGCCAAUUGCAGUAUGGUCACACUAAAGAUUACCUUAUUGGUGACAAAGUGUUAGUAAUAACCACAAAAUAUCUUGUGUCACAGUUCAUUAUGUCUAAUUGGUUGUACCUUUUUUCUAAACAUAUCUUGUAAUCUUAUAGCUGCUACAAAAACUAGCAACAAUUUAGUGAAAAUGCAUCAUUCCACCCAAAACACAUUUGUUUUACUUCAAACCUAGAAAGUGACAGCUUUUCUGACUAUGAAACUGAAUUUUGUUAGAGCUAAAAACUGAAUUUAAUGAUCUGCAUUAUUAUGGCCUUCUAGACAAACUGUUUUAUUAAUAUAUUGUUUUCAUAAAUUAUGACUACAUACAGUUGGCCAAGCCAGAGUUCAUUGACUCCACCAGUUGUUGUUUUUUUAUGAGUGGAGCAAAACUAAAGUGUAGUAUUCUGACAAAGUGCCAUGUUUAAGCUUUAGAGUGCAAUAUGGUGUGUUAACACCAACAGUUAUAUGCUUAAAGAGUUACUAUACAUUAAAAUGCAUUAAUACUUAAUAAUUUAGUUAGGAUCCGCUAGAUUUUAGAUUAAUAAUUUGAUCUGGGCAGAAAAGCUUUGUUAAUCCAAUAUCAGAUUUUUUUAAUUAAUUAAAUUACUGAGUGUACCUACAUUCAGUGUUCUUGUUGGGUUAUUUUAUGUCACUAUAUAUUUUGUUACAUCCCAUAACACAAAAAUAGUGUUAUUUACAUUUUUAUUUUUAAUGUCUCUUUAGCAGAAGCUGAAACUAAGCUCAGAGUGAUAUUUCUGUUGUAUUUACACCAAUGCUUCUGGAAGGUAACACAAGGUGUAAUGCUUUGUGUGUCGACAGGUAUUGACUUAUAUAUAAUUGCAAAGUAUUGCUGGUUCUUCUGUUAGUGAAAAUACUAAUGGUUUAAAAACCCUCCCCCUUUAUCUUCAGUAGUGUUUAUUUGCUAAAAAAAAAACCUUCCUCUCAUUCCUGCACUCUGGCAUAUUUUAUUUAAAGUUUUUACUCACACAAAAAUGCAGAUAUUCAGCUUUCCAUCACGGAGUGAAACACAUUUCACAUGGAUUUCUUCUUAGGCAGGUGGGGUGGGAGGAAAAUGUAUUUUUCUCCCUAAAGGUUAGAGGAAAACAAAAACAAAAAAAAAGAAAAAAAUGCUAGCUAUUUUUUUAAAGUCAUUGUUUUAACAUUAUUUAAGCAUUUCUGCAUAGUAUGUAUACCCCAUUUUCAUUAUUAUUCUUGUGCUUAGAUGAAAUGUUAAAAUCAUAUUUUCCCAGUUUGUUGAAAGGAAGAAUUUAUUGGGGAGAUGAACUGUGUGUGUGUAUUUUUUUUUAACUUACUGUAUAUACUGUAUAGGAGAAAAAAAUCUAUGUACAAUAUUGUAUUUGACUAUAUCUAAUUGAUAAUGAUAAUGUUGCCUAGAUGUGAAGUGUUCAGUUCAACUGAACGUGAAUUAGUAUUUUGCUCAGAAAAAAAGAAACUAGACAGAAAAAAAAAUAGAAAAAAAAUGAGAUACCUAAAUGAAAUGAGAACGGCUUUUUUCCCUUUCCCAGUUAUUUCAUUACUGCAUUGUUUGUUUGUUUGUUUUCUUGAAAAAUAACAAACCAAACUAGCAAAGUUAUAAUAUAUGAUCAUUUGUGCAUGGUUAUUUCAUUUAUUGACAAGCAGGAUGUUGGUAUAUGUAAAAUUUAAUGCAGGAUAUGAUGUCUCAAUGCACUGUGAUUAGAUUAUAUCGGUAUAUGAGAGGAAAGUGUUUCAAAUGGAAAGGCACAAGACCACUUACUCUGUCUGAAAUAUGUUUUAUUUGUAAAUUACUUUCUUUUUCUUUUAUUGUCAUUCAUAUAUGUGGGCAUAUUUCCUAGUAAAGUCCUCUAGUAGUCUUGUCUCCUUAUAUAGCAUUACCGUAUUUGUGUGUCUCUGACAUUCAUUGUGAAUCUCGCCUUACCAUUAAUACUUCUGGAACAGGCACAUUCGCGACAGCCUUUCCUGAUGAAGCAGAAAAAUAAUGAAAGACGUAGACGCCAUGCACUUUGUUUCUGUGAUUUUACAACUUUAGGAAUUAUGUCUAAAUAUAACAAUAUGUAAAACAGUUCUUAAUAUUUUUGACAACGCUAAAAGUUAAUAGAAAAAUAUGGUUUGUUAGUGCUUUUAAAUCUGAAAUAUGUUGUGAGGCCACACAAAAAAAAGUCAUCAAUAUUAAAAACAAGUUAUUCAAUGUGA